AUGGUUAACAGUGGAAGACGGGAUAGGACAACAGGUCUAUGGUUAACAGUGGAAGACGGGGAUAGGACAACAGGUCUAUGGUUAACAGUAGAAGACGGGGAUAGGACAACAGGUCUAUGGUUAACAGUAGAAGACGGGGAUAGGACAACAGGUCUAUGGUUAACAGUGGAAGACAGGGAUAGGACAACAGGUCUAUGGUUAACAGUGGAAGACAGGGAUAGGACAACAGGUCUAUGGUUAACAGUGGAAGACAGGACAACAGGUCUAUGGUUAACAGUGGAAGACAGGGAUAGGACAACAGGUCUAUGGUUAACAGUAGAAGACGGGGAUAGGACAACAGGUCUAUGGUUAACAGUAGAAGACAGGGAUAGGACAACAGGUCUAUGGUUAACAGUAGAAGACAGGGAUAGGAGAACAGGUUUAUGGUUAACAGUGGAAGACAGGGACAGGACAACAGGUCUAUGGUUAACAGUAGAAGACAGGGAUAGGACAACAGGUAUAUGGUUAACAGUGGAAGACGGGGAUAGGACAACAGGUCUAUGGUUAACAGUGGAAGACAGUGAUAGGACAACAGGUCUAUGGUUAACAGUAGAAGACAGGGAUAGGACAACAGGUCUAUGGUUAACAGUGGAAGACAGGGAUAGGACAACAGGUCUAUGGUUAACAGUGGAAGACAGGGAUAGGACAACAGGUCUAUGGUUAACAGUGGAAGACAGGGAUAGGACAACAGGUCUAUGGUUAACAGUGGAAGACAGGACAACAGGUCUAUGGUUAACAGUGGAAGACAGGGAUAGGACAACAGGUCUAUGGUUAACAGUGGAAGACAGGACAACAGGUCUAUGGUUAACAGUAGAAGACAGGGAUAGGACAACAGGUCUAUGGUUAACAGUAGAAGACGGGGAUAGGACAACAGGUCUAUGGUUAACAGUGGAAGACAGUGAUAGGACAACAGGUCUAUGGUUAACAGUGGAAGACAGGGAUAGGACAACAGGUCUAUGGUUAACAGUAGAAGACGGGGAUAGGACAACAGGUCUAUGGUUAACAGUGGAAGACAGGGAUAGGACAACAGGUCUAUGAUUAACAGUAGAAGACAGUGAUAGGACAACAGGUCUAUGGUUAACAGUGGAAGACAGGGAUAGGACAACAGGUCUAUGGUUAACAGUAGAAGACAGGGAUAGGACAACAGGUCUAUGGUUAACAGUAGAAGACAGGACAACAGGUCUAUGGUUAACAGUGGAAGACAGGGAUAGGACAACAGGUCUAUGGUUAACAGUAGAAGACAGGACAACAGGUCUAUGGUUAACAGUGGAAGACAGGGAUAGGACAACAGGUCUGUAUUUCAGUGAGGAGGUGGAAUUUUGGUGCAGAGUUGGUCAGGGGGUCACUCCUUUUAUCUGAGCUACACCUGUCUGGGGUCAAAGGUUAAAGGUCAGGGGUCAGGAGUCUGGAACGGUCGAUCUAUAUCACUUAAUUUUUAU